GAUUUUCUCUCCUUUGCAUUAUGUAUGAUGAUGAUUUGCUGUUCCUGCUUUAUUUCUUCUCUUCGAGGGAGGUAGAAGGAUAUGUAAACGCAUGAAUUUCUUCCAAUCCAACCAAAAAAACAUUACAGGCAGGUAGUUACGUUUGGCUUUUGCCAGUACAGCCGAAAACUUUCUUCUUCGCGUUUCUUCCACUUCCUCUUGAGGUGUGAAAAAAUAACGCUAAAACCACUACUCUACACACUUUGUUCACUUCACCGAAAGGUUGAGCAAGGUACACUAUACAAGAUGGCAGCUCAACAUGCGACUGUGAUGUGCGUGGGCACUAUGUUGAACCAGCGCUCGGAGUUCGUUGAUACGCAAGAAAAAACAUCGCAUCUUCCGCGGCGCCAGUGCAUUGCUGUUUUUUGGUUGCAAAAAGGAAAAUAAAAAGUGCCUGACCGCGCACAGGAGCCCGUUGUUCCUUACUUACUUACACCCUUGUCAUGCAGCUACGGGAAAAAUGUAGUGGACUAGGAACAGGAAAGAAAAAAAAGCGUCAAGAUUUGUCAUGCAUAUAAAAAAUCACAAAGCUCUUUGAGUGCGAUGUGAGAAGAUUUUUGCAUAGGAUACUCGACUUCUUCUUCGAGGUGCCCGAGAAUUUCACCAUCGGUGACAUGAAGCGUCAGUUUAUGCAAUGUAAAUUUCCUGUACAUGUAUAAAAUGCAUGACAAAUUUCGCUAACUUGCAGUGUCCAACUUGUCAUGCUACACUAGGAUUGAAGGCAAGUUUUGUCAUGCAGAGACUGCGUUUGUACAUGUACAGGAAAUUUACUGUGGAUACAGUUCGCACAGGAGUUCGGCGCGCCCGUCGUAUCACCUGCAAAUGUGUCGUCCUCUGGGGGUCGGGAUCUUUUGUGUGGUGUAAGGUGCAGCUGCACCGCGUGGGGACACCAGCAGGAUAGAUGCAUUAAAUCGAUGUUUACUUUAUCAUGCGGGGAAGCAGCUUGCUAUUCAAGAUAUUUGAAUUGAUCGGCAAUGAAACUAAACACAGAUGAGAACCAACAAACCUGCCGCAACAUCAUAAGUUCGAGCGGUUUGUCAUGCGAUAGUUAACAACAUGACGUGGAAACCUCAAAUUUGUUCUGGCUCUGCCCGUGAUUUUUUCCCCCCACAUUAUGAUGUUGUGUGGGGUAGUGUAGUUAACGAUUCGUUUAGUGUAGUCUGGUUUAUCUUUAUGGCAACCUCCAUGUUGCAGCUCGGCAUUUGGCAAAUUCCAUGUUUUGCUUUUCUGAAUCGAAGAAGCACUUGAUGCUCACAUUUAUCUUUUCCUCUUGUUUAUUUUUGCUAGCUAUUUGUUGCUCUGGUGCUCCCAUUUGUUCUUUUUUGUUUGCUUUAUUUGCGAGAUAGUACUCCUACUAGAACUAGUUUCCUCGUCCGAGCUACCUAUAUUGGAAAUGGAAGCUCGGUUCGACGUGCAAGUCUUCGCUUUCCAGAAGCGUGUUUUGGUCUGCGGGAAUCGUAAAAUGCUCUCGCUGCAAAAUAAGCCUAGAGAUACUGAUAACUUUAACUGCAGAGCAAUACGGCGCGCGAUGCUGAUUUUCACAGCCAGCCUUCGGGGUGCUCGAUGUCCCGUUUCUCUAUUUUCAGAUCAGGAGCUGCAAGGAAUUUCGAAUUACUACUUUUAGUGGUUCAGCUUCUUUCCACACCGUCGGGCAGAAGAUGGCACUUUGGAAGUGCAUUUUCUCCACCCCCGGACGCGUGAGACGUGUCCGAUGAAAAGCUUUGGACCAAAGCAAGAACGGUGAAUAGUCGCUUCAAGAACAUAGAUAUCAGAGCUUCAUGAUUACUACAUACACAUACUAGCACAGUAGGCCGAUGAUCGAGCAGCAUUCUUACUUCGCAUUGUCGUGGUAAAUCCUGCGAUAUCUACGCUGAAUAUUGCUCCACAUAGGUACUUAAACGUAAAUUCAUAGAUACACAGUACAGUAGGCCGAAGAUAUGUGCGUAUAGAGCAUUUUUACUUAGUUUGCUUCGUGAAUAUCAACGCUGAAUAGUACUCCCAUGAUAUAUUUGAUGUUAACACAUUGUCUGACUUCGUUCGUCGACAUAUGCGACUUUCGUUCAUCAAGGUACAGCUUUUCUAAUAUCUCCACAACGCGAGCAAGAGCGUGCUCCUUGCUUUGCGUUUCUCACCGCUUUUUAUUCCCGACCACAAUCUCGUUUCUAGCGAAGGCACUGUCAAAUUUUUCGAUUCUUUAUUUUGCGCUUUCCUAGUUUUUUUACCAGCGAAAGCGAAGUAGUGACCAGAGCUAUUGGAGUUUGGUUGCAUGCAUCAAGGAACUCUUUUUUUUAGCUCAGGAACUCUUUUUUUCAGCUAUUUUUAGCUCAGGACCUCUUUUUAGCUGUAUUUUUUGCGACUUUUUUCAAACAAAAUCAACAUCGCUUUGAAAAAGACAGCAACUUCCUCGCCGAGGGGUGAGCGCGCUGACUGCUUUUUCCGGGCAAGUUUUCUGCAAGAACGCUGCGCGGCUCAAUGUAACCUGUGUGCAGGCCGGUUCUCCCGAGCGAUACUGAAAACAAGAAGGCGACUGAUUAUGAAGCGCCUGCCCUGUGUUAUUUUUCCUAAUUUCAUUUUGCUUUUUCUUUUUCUCAACUACUUUGUUUAUGUACUUCGUAGAAUGUUAUUCAUUAUGCGAAUAUCGAUGAAGAACUAACCGCGGCAGAAGAUAAAGGUCGGUUUGCACUUAUCAUCAAAUCACACGACAAGCGAUAACCGUUCCGCUUUUGCCGUUUGUCCAGAGACACAGUGUCAGUUCUUUCUCCGUCUCUUGAUGAUAGAUGACGUGAGGACACUUGUGCAACUGGAAAAAAAUGAUGGAUAACCCAUGUGGUAUUGUCGUCUGUGCUGCUAGCCGACGGAAGGUGAAC